AUGAUUUUGACAACUCUGGAGUUUCAGACCAACACGAGUCAUGUCCUUAUCUCUGUUAUUACGAUGAUAACGACAUCUGCUGCAGCUAAGUUUCGCUCACGGCCGAAAAUUUGUGAAAACGCCUGGAGUUUCCCUACUGGGACGAGAUUUUUCCUUACCAAGUCUGUGGCACCGAUCGUCCAAGCCCUAUGCAUCGAAUGA